CUGGUAGAUGCCCCUAUAUGGUCAAAACGAUUUCGCAAUACUUGGAGCAGCAACAAAACAUACACAAGACUUCAUCAACUAACUUAUUUGGUCAACGAAAAAUACGGACAUUUACUCCCAACUUGUUAUACUUUUGACGACACCUAAAACAAAAAAGCAGACAAGGUAACGUCGUUGAUUUGACUCCAGAAACUCCAGUCUACAGGAGUGCGUGCAGACACCCAUUCAUCCAGAGUGCCACCCAACCAGCACGCCAGUCAUAGCAGACGGACAGUGAGGCGAGCGGCCAGCAGAUCCGAACCAAAUGAGCAAGAGGUCGCAACAGACGAUAAACACGGAGCAGAACAGGGGGACUGUUAGUGUGAUCCAGGGCCAGGCUAGUGGAGCAACAACAACAUCAUCAAGACCACCAGGAGGAAGCUUACAGCUGGUACCCCAGCUAGUCCCUGCGACCCCAGCCGGAGGAGGAGGCAAGGCCAAGAUGAAGAAGACGUCGGGGGACAAGGACAGUGACGAGUACCGUCAGCGGCGGGAACGGAACAACCUGGCGGUGAAGAAGAGCAGGAUGAGAUCCAAGCAGAAGGCCCAGGACACGCAGCAACGUGUCAACGAGCUGAAAGAGGAGAACGAGAGGCUGGAGGCCAAGAUCAAGCUGCUCAGCAAAGAGCUGUCUGUCCUCAAGGACCUCUUCCUGGAACACGCCCACAACCUGGCCGACAACGUCCAAGCACCUGGCGCGGAGGGGGCCAGCCCCGCCCACAACAACAACAACAACAACAAUGGGGCGUGUAACAACAACAACAACAGCAGCCAGUGAGAAGAGGGCAGGGACAUGAAAUAUGAUACCUCAUGGUUGAGUGCUUCCCAAAUGGCACCCUAUUUCCCCAUAGGGCCCUGGUCUAAAGUAGUGCACUAUGAAGGGAAUAGGGUGCCAUUUUGAGUCAACCAGGGUGAUGGUAAAUAGACAGCUCGCCACUGCUUCUUAACCAUACUGGAGUUUCUUCCUCUCGCUCCUCCCAGAGAUGAUAUAUACUGGCAGAGAGAUUUCACUGUUGUCUUCUUUGUGCGUUCAGAUUGGUUCACAAUGAUUUUUUUUUAAGAGUUUUUGUCCACUUUUUUAAAUUUUUUUUUAACAAUUUGGAGACAUUUCUAAAGAGACCCUGUUGUGUUGAGUCACACGAUAAACUAUUCACUAGUUAAGAUGAUGAUGAUGUGGGUGAGGGGGGGAAAGUAUAUAUUUUAUUUUUAUUCUUUUGGUUUCUUGUUCCUUUUAAGAGAAUGUUUGGUGAACUAGCUACCAUUUUUGUCUGGCGUUGUAGUAUUGUCAGUACAUUCACUAGUUAAGAUGAUGUGAGGGGGAAAGUAUAUAUUUUAUUCUUUUGGUUUGUAGUAUUGUCAGUACAUUCACUACGGUUGAAGUUAGUCAGAAUGAUGCCUGUUUUUUCAUUUUUUGGGAUGCAUCUGUUGGCUUCAGAUAUGCACACGUUGUACAUUUUUAUUUUUUAAAUAUAUAUAUAUAUAUAUAUAAUUUUUUUGUGUCCUAAUCGAAUGGCUUUACUUCUGCUUUGAGCUGUUUUGGGUAGAAGAGGACUGUAAAUAUCAAGAGUCAAAUACAAAGAGGUGAGAUGAGAUUGGACCCAAAGCCUAACUUAAGAUCAGCUUAAACCUUCUUCUUCUCUUGUUUUUUUUUGUUGUUGCUCAAGACGUGUUGUGUUGUUGACGUCAGCUUUUCAUAAUCUCGAGUUUUCAGGCCUGUGUGAGAUACAGUCAGUCACUGUGUUCAUUUACCCAUAGUUCCAACAGGCCUCAGACCAGCCCUUUCAGUCAGAGACCCAGAGAGACAGAGGUGGCGCCCUGUUCCCUAGACGGUGCACUAGUUUCGACCCCCAAUGUGGUGCUGGUCAAAAAGAAAAGGUACAAAUGUAGUUCGCUAAAUAAGGAAUUAGGAUGCCAUUUGGGAUACGGGGGGGGGGGGGCGGGACAGGGGACAGAGGUGUGUUCGCAGUUAAGGAGUGUCCCAGCCCAGACUAGACAGCCCAGACUAUCAUGCAACCUCCGUGGGAUUAAACUCCAGACGUUUCGCACGGCGUCACAGGCCGCAGCUAAUUCAAAGUUAAGCCUUUCUCCAAACCAACCCUAAAACCUGGAGAGAAAGACAGAACAACAGGACAAUGAGCCAUUCUGUCUGUCUGGGCGUUGGGGAUGCUAAAUCACCUCCUAAUUGGCCCCGGCUAGCUAGAACAGAGCGAGGCACGUUGGCUCCCGCUUCCAGUGGUGUCAGGCUCAGUCAGAGGCUCAGUCAGAGGCUCAGUCAGAGGCUCAGUCAGAGGCUAUCAGAAUGUGUAGAGAGAAAGGCAGGCUCAGUCAGAGGCUCAGUCAGAGGCUCAGUCAGAGGCUCAGUCAGAGGCUCAGUCAGAGGCUCAGUCAGAGUCUCAGUCAGAGGCUCAGUCAGAGGCUCAGUCAGAGGCUAUCAGAAUGUAUAGAGAGAAAGGCAGACACCUGAUUUUUUUUGUUGUGUGUUUUGUUUCUGUUGUCAGACUUGAGUUAUUAUCUGUAGGAUUGUCUCCUUUGAAACAACGGCAUAUUCUGAUGUGAUGAUGAGGAUGAAGAUGAUGAUGUGGAUGCGUAUUUGGCCAGAGGAGUCGACGUUGUCCGUUGAGUGUCUGUGAUUUAUAGAAUGCGUCCCCAAUGGCACCCUGUCCCCGAUUUUUAUUUUUUAUUUUUUUUUUUUAUAGUGCACUACUUUUUUGAGUAGAGCCUUGUCAACAGGCACUAUAUAACUAUAUCUAGGGUGUCUCUUGGAGUGCUGUUGUAGCCGUCUGUACCUCAGGCUACCAGCCACACCAAACAGGGCCUUUUUCUUUCUCAGACCUCUGAAACAUCUUUUCAAUUGCUUGUUUUGUUUUGUAAUCUUUGUUUUUCUUACAACUUGUAUUUUUUAAAAAGCAGCAUGAUGGAAGUGGUUUGCAUGGGG